CAAAUCGCAGAAAUUAGCAGAUGUUUGGCUGGGCGAAAUUUGUGGGAUUGCGUUUUUGAAUCAGCAGAUUUUCGCGUUUCAGGAAAGGCAAUUUCCCGUUGCGAUUCCGAUAUCGCGCGAUUUGCAAAUCGUGAUUCCGCCAGAAAUUUUUGCUGAAAACCAAAAAUAGCCUUCAGUCUUCUCCCUUUACCGUUGUGUCUCCAGUCCUCUCCCUUCACCAUAUAUAUCCUCAGUCCUCUGCCUCAACGCAUCAGCUUCACAAGGAUUGGUUCUCUCUUUAACGUUUUUGCUCUGCUCCGUGUAUCGACGUUCUUCAUCGCAAUUCCAGCCUUUCCAGAUGGGUAAGCCAUCCCAAAAUAGCUCAAAUGUUAGAGCUCAAUGGCCAUCAAGAGUAACAACUAUCUUUUGCGAAGCUUGUGUGGAUGAGGUAUUUAAGGGUAAUCGACCUAAUACCCACUUUAGUAAAAAGGGUUGGACAAAUAUUAUAGCAACUUUUGAAAAGAAAACUGGAAAGGAAUAUCCUAGGUCGAAGUAUAAGCAUAAAUGGGAUAGUUUGAAGAAAGAUUGGGUACUUUGGAAUAAGUUGAAGGGAAGUGAAACUGGAUUGGGAUGGGAUGCAGCCAAAGGAACAAUAGCUGCAACUGAUGAGUGGUGGGAGAGGAAACUAAUGGAGGUUCCUGAAGCUGCAAAAUUUCGAGAGAAAGGUUUGGAGAAUAUUGACUUAUUAGACAUUAUGUUUAAGGACAUUGCGGCCACAGGAGAUUUAGCAUGGGCCCCCACUUCAGGUGUGUUACCUGAUGAUCUUGAGACACCUAAGGAGGGGUUAGGUGAUACUUCUGCUGACUCAUCUUCUCCAAAUGAUGACGAUGACGUUCAUGAAGAUGAGACUCCUAACCCCACACAACCACCUAACCCAACACAAAAAAAAGGAAAGAAGCGAGUUUUACCAUCAUCCACACAGAGCAAAGGGAAGAAAGGAGGAACGGCAUUACAGUUGACACAACAACUUAGUCGUAUCUGUGAUGUUGUGGAGUUAAGGAACUCAGCUUUUUCAGUGGAGCCAAGUAGUACUAUUCGUAAUGUCAUGGAACGCGUGUGCACCUUAGAUGGCAUUGAGAAGGGUUCUGAACUCUACCUUAUGGCAGCACGUAUUUUUCAGAAACGAGAGAAGAGAGAGAUGUUUGUCGUGAUGGAAGAACCAUAUUUACAACUUCAGUUUCUGCAAGAGGAGGCAAGAUUGUUAGGAGGGCACUACUUUGGCACUUAGGGCGUUUUAUGUUUUAUCCUUUGAAUAAUGUUUUAUGGAAGAGAGAGAUGUUUUUCAUGGUUUGUUGUUUUAUCCUUCGAAUAAUGUGGUUGUUAGGGUGUUUUAACUUGUUGGGCUGUUAGGGUGUUUGAAUUACAAAGAUAGAGUGUUACAUGGAGGGUAAUUUUUUAUAUGGUGCUUUUGUAGUGAAUCUUAUGGAACUUUCUGAAUUUGA